AUGCCAGACGACCGCCUCAAUGUCAGCCAAAGCGGCGAAGAGACAGCGGCCCACCAGUACCGGUUCCUCCCGAUAUUCUCAGGCAUCAUGAUCCCCUUCUCCAUCAUGCUCUCGAUCCCAAGCCUUACGGGACACUGGUACAUUCGUACGGGGGACAACGACGUGACGAUCGAGGUGCGGCCGAACCCACUUAUGCUGGACAUGGCGAUGGGGAUGAGCAUGGGGUGUGAUAUCAUUAACAUACCCGCUGUGACGAUCUUCGGCAUUCAGCACCGUUUCGACGACGGAUUCACGUACGGCCAGUCCUUCUGGAUGACCGUCUGCUCGACCCUCGCGUCCACUGCGACGAACAUCACCCUCAUCGUUGACUACGCCCGUACGACGGACUUUGCCCAGUCUGGGAGCGGUUUAACGCGAAAACAACGGUCGCUCGCGAUUAUCAUCAUCAUUCUACUUUGCUACAUCUCUCUUGGGGCUCUCAUUCAGACCAUCAUGCUCAAGAUAGCCUUCAUCGACGCGCUGUAUUUUACAGUUGCGUCAAUUGAAACCGUCGGAUUCGGCGACAUCCGUCCAACAUCCACCGGAACGAGAAUCUUCACCUGCUGCUACAUCGCCGGCGGUAUCCUCAACCUCGCUUUGGCCGUGGCCAUGGCGAGCGAGGCCCUCCUCGAGGCAGCCGCCGUCGGCUUCCAGUCGCGGCUCAAGCUGUCCGUGCACGCCAGCGCGAGCGCCGUGUUCGCGCCCGGUAGCGUGCUGCUGUAA